ACCGUGUCCCAGGACGGGGAGCAGGCCGUCCGCACGGCGCGCCGUCCACACAAGCGUCUCAUACGCAUGUCCCGACGGACUGGCUCCUCGUUCUGUGGUUCUGUGGUUCCCUGACUAAAGGGACGCCCCACAUAUCCUCUGUAGUGCUGCUGCUAGACUCCAUGUGGGGUUUCUGGGGGGCCGGUAUGUGUGUGUGUGGCUUGCUAGCGUUAGCAGAGCUAGCCACAGCAAGCUAGCUAGCUGUGUUGUGAAGUGUCGCGUCUGUUGCAGACAGCACGAGGAAGACGUGUCCGGUGUUUGGCUGUAAGCGCGUGUACACGGACGCGGACGCCCUGGAGAGCCACAUGCAGGACCACGACAUCCCAGCCCAGUCUCUGCCAGCAGCCAAUGUGAACUGAAGCGUGACGUCACUCCUGUGCAUGAAAGGGAUGUCAGGUGCCCAAGGUAAGGUCCUCCUCUGUUCCAUUGUUGGCUGCAGCGAUUCCUUUCCUAAUAUGCAAAAAUUGAUGGAACAUCAGAGGCAGCACCACAAACCCAACAUCUUUUUUCUGUGUGAGAGCUGUCGUGCCAAGCUGCGGUCCUACCAUGGCCUCCUUACACACUUACACACCUGCUCCAAGGUGUUGAGGGGCAAAGCAAGGACGGCUGAACCAACGUACAGCCAAAGCUCACCUGCUACCAAACAACCACUUCCUCCCAUGACCAGCGAGUCUUGCAGCACUAACAAGGAACCCUUACAGAAGGAUCAGGUCUCUCUGCAGUUCUCUACAGUCCAACCCUCAGAAGGUCCUGAUCAUUCCCAACCAGAGCCAGCUACUUCUCCUGUCCGUGACCCCCUUCUAAAGAAAGAGCCUUCCUCUCCCCAACCUCCUCUUCCACAGUCGACCGAGGAAGCUUCCCAGUCCCAUCUCCAGACCGAAGACACAAAUCCUUGUUCAGCUCUUAGCUCAGAUGUCCAAACAGUGACUACAGGUUCAGAUCAGCUUCAAGGUCUGGGUGAGUCUCAGAAUCAACACCAGAUGCAAACCAAGUCUCCUCAGCCGGUUCUUCCAGACCUGUCAUCUCCACAGUCUCCUACCGGCUCCUCGGCUGUGUGGAGGAAGAACCAAGGCUUGUCCUGCAACAGGCGCAUCCUUUGGGAGCACACUAGAGGGCGCUAUAGGUGUGUGCAGUGCGGUCACUCUGUCGCCAACCGCAGGGAUAUGACUACACACAUAAACACUCGGCACAGAAACCCUCCUAUUACCAAGCCUGCAGGAGACACCGGUAGGCCUGCUGCCAACACCUAGCGUGGCAUCAGACCAGCGAGGAAGCAGUUACGAUGAGAAGUGAGUCAUAAUGUUGACUCAACACUGAAGAUGCCAACUGGAACUCGUCCUUGCUUUGUGGCUUCCUUCUAGUCCAAGAUAAAAUGUUCAGAUAGUUUUGGUGAAAAUCUCAUUUGACACUUAAAAAUGUCUCCUGUGCCAAACCCUGAAUGAACACCACCUUUCUUCUCCGGUUUACUACGUAACCUGCAGAUGUGAGUAAAUGAGCCUGAAUGAACACCACCUUUCUUCUCCGGUUUACUACGUAACCUGCAGAUGUGAGUAAAUGAGCCUGAAUGAACACCACCUUUCUUCUCCGGUUUACUACGUAACCUGCAGAUGUGAGUAAAUGAGCCUGAAUGAACACCACCUUUCUUCUCCGGUUUACUACGUAACCUGCAGAUGUGAGUAAAUGACCCUGAAUGAACUUCCCUGAAUGAUUCAUUUGCAGUUGGAAAUUCAAAAGUCUUUACACACCUCUCACACAUUCCAUAUGGAGGUGAGUAUUUCAUCAGGUUGGAGUGGGUUGCACAGGGACUUUGUGUAAGAGACGGUGUCUUUCAUGGUCAUUUUAAGAACAGACUGCCAUGUCCUGUAUCACGUCUCAAAGAAUAAAGAAUCUGAAAGGCCUUCACAAGCC